CUGGGGUUAAAAAUCUACAUUGUAUUCAUCUUAUCAUAAGCAACACCAAUAACAAACUUACUUUGUUCAACCCUAUAAAUAGGCACAUACAUACAAACAAACAUUUCUACACGAGCAAAGAAUCCAAAAACGAAUUCAUUCACCGAAUUUAUCCAAUCAUUUUAGAGUAGAAAAAAACAAACAAUGGCAAUACACUUAAUCAUAGCUACAAUUCAUUGUGAACCUACAUUGAAACUCUCCGAAUUCCAAAAUCAUAUGACGAGUUUCAACUCUUCUAGAAGAAUAAGUAUUCACAAUACAGUUAACAGUCAAAUCAAAGAAGAAAUCAUUUCAGCAUAACUAUUAUUUACUAACUUAUCAGUUGAUAUAAAUGAAAUAUAAUCUAUACUUUACUCAAUUAAUUUUUAUUUUACAGACUAUAAUUAUUCUUUUCAACAAAAUUUAUAUCAUAUUUGGCAAUGAAUCAAAAUCAAUGAUGUCUGGUUUAUUUAAGACUAAUAAUGAAGUUAUUAAUAACAUAAGUUUAUCAUCAUCAUCGUCACAGUAUCCCAGAUCUGAUUAUGCAAAAAUGCCUUCUAAUGAUAAUUUUAUAAAUUUUCGUCAAUCUAAACAAUCAUUGAAGAUGAAUACUAUGAAUAAUAAAUUAACCAAUUGUCAACUGCAAUUGGAAUGUUCUACUGAAAUGGAAAAUAUUGAUAAUAAACAAAUGCCAAUAAUGAAUUUUUCAACUACUCAUAUUACUGGUCGUAUACGUAUACCUGUUCGUAGUGGAAGAGGACCAGCUGGACCACCUGGUCCACAGGGACCUCCAGGACCACAGGGUGCAAGAGGAUUUCGAGGACCACCUGGUGAACCAGGUAGCUUACAAGAUAUCAACUUAACUAAAUUACAGCUGAGUAGAUUGCAUAAUCAGCUACAGACAGUACAGAAUAGAAUAGCAUUUUUUGCCGGUCUCGAAUUUAAUGUUGUUGAAAAACCAUUGGACGAAAAUCCUAAAUUGAUAAUGAACAAAGUUAUCACGAAUUUGGGCAAUGCAUACAAUCCAAUAACCGGGGAAUUUAUUGCACCAGUAAAUGGUAUUUAUAUUUUAUUUCUAGCCAUUUCAGCUCAAGGGAAAUCAAGAGCGGUUGUACGUCUAAUGCACAACGAAAAGCAAAUAUUUGAUGUUUGGUCUGAAAGUUCUCCAUGGGCAACAGCUACGAAUCAAGGGAUUCUACAAAUGUAUAAAGGUGAUCGUGCAUGGUUGGCCAUACGUGAUGGAGCUUAUUUUCUACAUGGUUAUAUGUAUUCAACAUUCUCUGGGUAUUUAUUGUUUGAUAUAAAUAAUAAUGAAACAAUUGACAUCCCAUAAUUUGUCUAAUUUUAUUAUUGACAUUAUUAAUACUAAUAAUAACCAGGAGAUUGAAUAUUCGCAUUUUCCAAAGUCCCACUGAACAAAUGUUAAGCUACUAUUUACAAUACUGUAUUCUAAAAGAGAAUUUAGGAAAAUAACUUAUAAACUACCGCUUCAGUCACUUGCUGAUAAACUUCGUGUUAUUUUACAAAACAUAUCUACACACCAAAAUAUUUCUUAUUCUACCUCAGUGUUGAUCUCCAUGAAUAUUCUUCCGUUUUAAAAUUCACAUAAUAAAUCUAUGGGAUAAAAUACCAUCUUGAUUUAUACUAUAUUAAAAAAUAUAUCUCCAGCUACAAACAGACGGUUCAUCUAUCAUUCUGUUUAACAGACUUAUUUGGAUAAAACUUAUCGAAAGUCACAUGCUCAAACUGAUUCUUAAUUCUUACAGUUACAGGAUUUAAAACGUUCUUUUUUUGCUGUCAAAAAAUGCAAUCAACUGUUCACAGAAGCUCAUAAUAAAGAAAGAAUAAUUUACAUGCAAAGUGAACCAGAUAUAUUUAAAGAUAUACAUACUAAUGUAAUUAUAUAGUUCAAAUAGCUUAGAGUUUAACUGUAGCUCAUAUUCAAACAAAUAAGAAAUGUAGGGCUUUUCAACUAAUAACUAAUGUCAAAGAGUAUAUAGGUAUCAGUGAUAGUUUCAAAUAAUUUGAGCAUUGAGUAGAAAGUUGAUGAUAAAUAUAUAUUUUUUUGUGAUAACUCAAUGAAUAGAAAAGUGCAUUUCUGACGUUUUGUGACUUUAUGUAAGUCACUUCUUUGGAGUAAAUAAAUAACCGAAAUAAAAUUAACACAAGUACGAAACAAACAAAGUAAUACAUAUUUAGUAUAAUCAAAAUCAUAAUAAGUCUAAACAUGUCAAUGUCAAGUUACGUUUUUGGCCAAGGUGAUUUUGUAAGACAUACCACUAUGUUCAUUUGUACGUUACAAUGUGGGCAUAAAAAAUGUUUGCAUGAAGUGAUGGGAAUGAAACUAGGUGUGUGUGCAGACUUUGUGAAAAAUAAAUAGGUUUGAGUGUGCUUUUUGGAUAAACAGUCCAGGUUGAAUGGAUAGCCAAGCCUUCUUUCUGAUGGAAGGCAGAAGGAUAUAGCAUUAUGUGAAACGCUUCGGCUACUCGCUUCCCUUUAUAGUUGGAAAAGCUUUUCUGAAUUAUUUUGAUAUUUUUAAUAUCAAUUUUGUGAUUGCUGAAAAUAGCAUGUACUGCUGUUGCUGAUGUGAUUCAAAUAAAAGUAAAUAUUACACAAUUAGUGCCAGAAUUUCAUUAACGUAACUCAUGGUUAUUAUCAGCACUUAACAAAACUAGUGAAAUGCUGAGAACACAUUGAUGCAAAUAUAUCAAUAAGGAAAUCAACAGUGAUUGUCUAUUGGACCGUGUGAAAAACCAUGAGUUAACUAGUAACUAGCAGGCAAUGUGUAAUUAGAAGCAUGUAAAUUUUAGAUAAACUUUCUUGUAUUACACUGAGUUGUAGUUGACUAAUUUAAAUUGUUAGAUUUUAAGGUAAUUCGUUAUAGGUAACUAUUGGAGAUAAUCUAUUUUUCAUUAUUAGCUUGUUUCGAAAACGUAGCUAUUAAAAGUAUAAAUCAUUCAUUUUACCUAGUGAUUAUCUUUACUUUAUGUUAUCUGUUUUCACUGCUUAUAACUCUACUAAAUAUCCACUGACUAGCUUAUAUUACUUCGCGCAAUAUAUUUGUAUAAUAUUUCAAUGAUGGAUUUGUCUACCAUUUAGAUAUUAGUAGACAAACC